AUGGGAAGGACACCAUGUUGUGACAAGAAGGGUUUGAAGAAAGGACCAUGGACAGCUGAAGAGGAUGAAAUUCUUUCUAAUUAUAUCAAGAAGAAUGGUGGUCAUGGAAGCUGGCGUUCUCUCCCCAAGAUGACAGGUCUUCUUCGUUGUGGUAAGAGUUGCAGGCUUAGGUGGACGAACUAUCUCAGACCUGACAUCAAACGCGGUCCCUUCACUCUUGAGGAAGAAAAACUAGUUAUACAGCUUCAUGGCAUCCUUGGAAAUAGGUGGGCUGCAAUUGCUUCUCAGUUACCAGGAAGAACAGACAAUGAGAUAAAGAACUUAUGGAACACACACUUGAAGAAGCGUCUCAAAAGCAUGGGGCUUGACCCCAAAACUCAUGAGCCAGUUAUCUCAUCUUGUUACCCUAUUGACAAGGCACAUGCAUCUGUUUCCACACGUCACAUGACUCAGUGGGAGAGUGCUAGGCUUGAAGCAGAAGCUAGACUCUCAAGUGAGUCAUCAAGGUUCAACAACAACAACCCUUCUUCCUUUUGCAAAACUGAUUCUGAUUACUUCCUCCGAAUUUGGAACUCUGAAGUUGGUGAGGCAUUUCGAAACGUUUACAAAUCAGAUAACAAAACUAGUUGCUGUCAGAGUCCAGUUUCUGCUGGAUCAUCUUCCAACAAAUGUGAGUCAGUUUCUGCUGUCACAGCAGAGUUGGUUUCCAACCCAUUAGGAUCCUCAAACGUAGAAAGCAAUGUGAAAGAAGAGUUGGAGUGGAGGAGCUCCAAGUCAUGUGCUAAUGGUGUGAUUCAUGGGUCUGAUUCAUCAAGCUCUAAUGACUUAGAGGACUCUUCAGACACUGCUUUGCAGCUCUUGUUAGAUUUUCCUAUAAACAAUGACAUGAGCUUCUUGGAAGAAAACUCUUUUGUUUGUCCCCUUUAG